UGCGGGAAACGACCACUCGUGGCUUCAGAUCAAGGCAUCGUCGUCUACACGCCACCAGCACUCUUCAGAGACAAACCUCACGACACUGGACAGGACGAAGGCUGAAGAUGACCCGUCACGUUGUUCUUGUCCUCGCACUGGCACUCCUGGCUGGAGACGUGUAUCCAGCCAAGAGCAUGCCUACCAAGGAACAACCGUUGAAUGAUGAACAUGUCUCACCUGACGUCGAGAAAGCGGAGGUUUUGCUUGAAGAACUUGAAGAAUUGUUGGACAAAGAGGUGAUGGCCAACAACAAUGGCGGUGAUGAUGAUGAUGAUCAAAUGAAAAGAGAUUUUGAACCAACUGACAGCUGUCCGACAGGAUGGAGCUCCUACGGUGCCAGAUGCUAUCAAGUAUUCAUCGGUCAACGAACAUUCCCAGAGGCGGUAGAGUUUUGCGAAAGUGAGAAUGCCCGGGUGGCUCUCCCAAAAGACCAAGGAAUCAACGAUCAUAUCGUGGCUCUGCGAAACAGCGACAGCGUCGCCCAGCAGACCUCCUGCUGGAUCGGACUUGAACAUGAAGAAGUAGAGGGAGAACACAUCUACAGGUGGACAGAUGGGGAACUCUUGGGGAACUACACCAACUGGGCAACUGAUCCCCCGGAACCCAACCAUGCGCCCGGAGAUGCAGACUGCGUUCGCAUGGAGAGGAAUGUACCAACUUCACCAGGGGUGUCCAAUCAGUGGAGGGAUUUUCCUUGUGAUGACCUGCUGGCUGUUUGUGUGAUCUGUGAAGCUGGUAAGUACCCAUGA